UGAGUCAUGAUGAAAUCCAAAGAAAUUCAUGGAUAGAUUUUCUAUGUUUUGUUUUUUGAAGAAAACUGGUGUUCGGUUGGAUCUUAUGCUUAUUUCUACACAACAAACUUGAACUGCCGUCAUGACGUCUUCAAACACUGAGCUGAACAAAAUAUCAUUAGAGUUGAAAAAUCUGUCUCUUAAACGGCAUCAACUUGAGGAUCGGAGGAAAAUUCUGUGCAUUUUUCAAGAGUUGAGGAGUCGUGCAGAGUUUGGACAAACAGAGGAAGCAACCGCCACUCGAGAAGAGGUUGAGCUCAUCAACAACAUUCUCCAAGAACUCAAUGAAAGGGCAGCUGAACUGCAAAGAGACUAUGACAGUGCUUUAAAUGCUAAAAACAGAAACAGUCAGAAAGAUAUUUCUGUCUCUUCCAGUCAGGAGGUUCAGCCGGAUGUUUCCAGUCAAUCCUCAAGUAUUUUCUACAUUGAAAGUCCACCAACCUUCCCCGCCCCCUCGGUGAUCCUGGAUGUGAAGGACCUUCCUCCACAUCCAAGCAGGACGCAGUGCCCAGAAUGCCUGCAGUUCAUCGUGACAGAGACUUUUACUUCUAUUAGCAGUGUGACCUGGCUGGCGUGCUUCAUAACCGCGUUGAUCGGGUGCGUGGCUGGUUGUUGCUUCAUCCCCUUCUGCAGCGAUAGGUUCAAGUCCGUCACUCACAGAUGCCCCAAGUGUCGUACAUCACUCGUAACUCUCAAAAAGCUCUGAGAGAAAAGCAGUUUGCGAAAGCUCAGAAUGACAAGACAUUGGACAUUUAGUUAAUGCUAAUGAAAUAAUUGAGCAAAGAGACUCUUUUGAAGAGUUUAUUUGGUCUCCUCCAACCUUUAUGUUGCAGAGUACACUGAAUAUCAGUGACUAAGAAUUAUUGUCGGUCAAUUUACAUUUGGAUGCUAUGAUGUUGGUUUUAAUCCAGCACAUGUCAGCAAAGAUGUGGUGUACUUACAUAUUCAGGAUAUAUCUGUAUAUAUACUUACCCUCCUUUUUAUAAAAAAAAAAAAAUGUACAACCUUUAAAGUGUUUGUGGUGAUGCUUAAAAGCUGGCUGUGAUAUCCCAAAUAAUAUCUAUAU